GGCGCUAGAAACCUCCGAGGGCCAGGCCAACCCCCGGCCCGUCGCCGGAACCUCCCUCCCCUCAGGCCUCAACUGUCUCUGCCGAACUCACGAGCAAAAUCAACUCGCCACCACAAAACCACACCAAAUCACGGCCAGCAACGCCAAAUAACGCGAGGAAGAAGAAGAAAAAGAGAGGGAAAAAAAAACAGAGCUAGGGUUUGGCUGAUUGGCACCCGCCAUGGCGUCGACCUUCCCGCGCCGCUCCUCCGGCGGGGAACCGUCCUCCCCGUCGUCGCCGCUCCUCCCCUCGCCGGCCUCCCCGUCGCCCGGCGGCCCGCUCGGGCGGCUCACGGGCCUCCGCGGCGCGGCGCGGUUCAUCCGCCGCACGGGGAGCCGGCGCCUGAUGCGGGAGCCAUCCGUGGCGGUGCGGGAGACGGCCGCCGAGCACCUCGAGGAGCGCCAGACCGAUUGGGCCUACUCCAAGCCCGUCGUCGUGCUCGACGUGCUCUGGAACCUCGCCUUCGUCGCCGUCGCCGCCGCCGUCCUCGCCGCGUCGCUGGGCGAGCAGCCCGCCGUGCCGCUCCGCGUCUGGCUCGCCGGCUACGUGCUCCAGUGCCUCCUCCACGUCCUCUGCGUCACCGUCGAGUACAGGCGCCGGAGCAGGGACGCGGACCAGGACGGCGCGGGUGAUGGGGAUUUCAAGCUAAGUAUUGCAAAGCACUUGGAGUCCGCAAACACGAUGUUUUCCUUCAUUUGGUGGAUCAUUGGGUUCUAUUGGGUGUCUGCAGGUGGCCAAGCUUUAUCACAUGAUGCUCCUCAGCUUUACUGGCUAUCAAUUGUUUUUCUAGCAUUUGAUGUUUUCUUUGUGGUCUUCUGCGUUGCCUUGGCUUGUGUGAUUGGAAUUGCUGUUUGUUGCUGUCUUCCGUGCAUCAUUGCGAUCUUAUAUGCUGUAACUGAUCAGGAGGGAGCAUCUGAAGAGGACAUAAACAACCUUUCUAAAUUCAAAUUCCGUACGAUGGGUGAUCACGACAAGCUAGUUGCUGGCAUUGCGGCGCCUGUGGGCGGAGUGAUGACGGAGUGUGGCACCAAUCCUCCUGUCGAACACAUUCUUUCAGCUGAGGAUGCAGAAUGCUGUAUCUGCUUGUGCCCGUAUGAAGAUGGUGCGGAACUGCGUGAGCUCCCUUGUAACCACCAUUUUCACUGCAGCUGCAUCGACAAGUGGCUUCACAUAAACGCAACAUGCCCGCUGUGCAAGUUCAACAUCGUCAAGAGCAACCUUGACAGAGAAGAGGUCUAGGUAUCACAAGACAAAAUUCGUGCCAAAGCUUCUCGACAUGUCCCAGCUGUCGUGCUCUUCAGUACUACUGCAUUUGCAAACAGAGUUGUGAUUACCGAUCAUGUAGUUGCAAGUUGUAGGUGAUGCACAGAUGAUUGCGAUGGUGGUUCUCGUGAAUAUUCUUUUAGUAGUUUCUUGCAGCGAUUGUACAUCCUUACUCUUUCUUCUUGAUCUGAUUGCAUUGCAGAUUUAUAUGUGCUUAGCUGUGUUGGAUAUGGAACGCAGGCAUCCAUUUGUAAAAUAAUUCAUGAAUUGGAGGCUAGUAUACAGUUUCUUGGUGUAAAUGUUUUGAGGAUAGUAUGGAGUAUGGGGUGUGAUCAUCUAGGCAGAUGAUGCGAGAUUGGUUUACGCGCAUUUGCAAAAUAUUGUGUAUGUGUUCACUUUCGAAACAUUGCAGAGCACAAUGACGGUAUCAUCUCUUUUGAA